AUGAUAGCUAACUUCAUGAUGCGUCCAAAUGCUACCUAUGGAAAGGUUAAAUAUAUUUUUAUCUUCACAAAAUUCUUAAUUAUGCCAUUAAUUGGAGCAAUUUAUUAUUUCGGAACCAAAAAGGUAGCAUUUAGUGUUAUGCUGUAUGUUUUUGGCCACUGGUUCGGAGAUCUUAUUCUCUUAUCAGAUUCAAAUCUUGCUGUAAACUUAGGAGGAUUAUCUUUUACAAUUGGACAUUUUGCAAUAAUACAUGCUUUUCAUGUUGACUGGGCACAUUAUCCAAUAGGAGCAUUAGUUUUAGCAUUCCCAUUCAUUGCUGCUCAACAAUAUAAGAUAAUUAAAAACGCGAACUUUAAGACUGUAUUUGGAUGGUGCCUAUUCACUUAUUGUUGCUUUUUAGAUUAUGCUUUAUUAGGAGUUUCAGGACGUGUUGGACAACUUGGAUUCAGUAAUAAAUCCUUCUUACUCGGCUACUUUGGUUAUAUUUCCUUCAUGACAUCUGAUUUUAUUUUAAUAAGUACAAUUCUUGGUAUUGCAAAGGGUCUUUGCCGUAUUGAAAUUCUUGGUACAUAUAUGCUAGCUCAGUUAUUACUUGGAAAUGCUAUUUUAGCUCAAAAUUAUUAUUAA